AUGCACCCCGGGGUCCCCGCAGCCCCGGGGGUCUCCGAGCCUGGCCCCCGGGAGCUGUGCGCCUUCGUGAGCGGGGCGGCUGCCCACAUGCUGCGGGCGCUGCGGCCCCCCAGGAGGAGGCCCCCCAAGAGGAGGCCCAACCACAGGCGGUUCCUGCACAACCAGCUCUGCAGACAGUUCGCCAAGAUCGAGGCCGCGACGCGGCGCCUGGCCCUGUCCGUCCUGUCCCAGGAGGCGCCUCCCCGGAGACGCGCCCCGCGCAGGCCGCCCACGCCGCCGCCGUCCCCCUUCCUGGGCGUGGCCCGCGCCGCGGCCCCCGAGGAGGCGCCCCACGCCGGCCCCGGCCUGAGCCUCGCGGCACUGGACGCCUCCGCCCUCGACCUCUUCGAUGACAUCGCCCUCACCCCAGAGUGUCCCUCCGUGACAGCUGACCCCGCCUCACGACCUCUGACCCCUGACCCGAGUCGCGGCCCGCACUGCCAAGAUCCCUUGCCCCCUACCCAGCAGGCCCUGGGGGGUGGGGGGGAGCUUGUGGCUCCCGACUGGGGUUGGGUGGGCGGGCGGGAGGGGCCUUGGGACUGGUAUUCUCAGGGGGUCCCCGAGGGCUGGGGGGCCUGCUCCCCAUGA